AUGAAGUUUCUUGGUGCAGCUUCCACAGGCGCAAUAACCAGCCUUCUGCUCCUGGUGCCUGCUGCUCUCGGAACGCAGGUUUAUACAUGUUAUAGAAGCCAACCACUUAGCAAGGCUCUAAUCGACGAUUUAGCAAGAUAUGCCACUGCAGAUCAAGCGUAUGAGAACGACCCAGGGUACGGAGAUAGACAGGUGCACAAGACACAUCGUUUUUCGAAGAAUAAAGACGCAACUGGCCGGGUCGACUACUUGAUCCAAAUUGUUGGGCCUCAAAACACGAUCAUGGUAUUUGAAUACUCUUCACAUAGUUGGUUGGAGUGUCCUUUGAGCUAG